UUUCAGUUUAAUAAUGUUUAUUUAUAUUGUUUAGAUCUUAUAUUACCGUGAUAUCAGUAAAAUCAACUCUUGCGUGACAUUUGAACUUUACACACUCUGAGACAAGGGCAAAAGAAUCAAAUAUCAUCGGAAUUACUUGCAUCGGAUUUAUAGAACUGCCGUUAUGUCUUUUGCACUGCCAUGUGCCAGUCCAUCAAAGGAUUUACCUGGAUCAAAUAGUAUCAGAAUGGCAUUGGAUUUUAGUGAUGAUGGAUUCAUGGAUGACGACUCAGGUAUGCAAUUGUCUUUGACACCAUCACCUGACUCAAUGAAAAAUAGCCGCUCGAGAAUCAGUUCACCUUCCCCGGCAAAACGUUCACUUUUCUCUCCUCCUAAAUCUAAAGUUAGUCGUUGUGAAGGAACACCAAUCAGCUCAACAACACAUUCUCGAGUUUUACGAAGAAUGUUACACAAUAAUAAUGAAGAUGAUUUGAGGAAAAUUUGUGCUUUGAAUGCCAUGGAAUCAGCCUCUGAAGAUGAAGAAUUUCAUUCACCAGCUUUGAGAAAGCUUCCAUUUUCAAGUUAUUGCGAUCGUAGAGAUUCUGGAAAUGUUUCAUACGAUGAAAAUACACCAGCGAGUUCAUCCAGCAUUCGCACAUCGAAUGUUCUAGAAUUUAACUCUUGUAGUAGUGGUGAUGAUAACAGUGACAGCAGUUUCUCUUCUCCAACCAGACCCAGCAGCAAGCCGCUAUGUAUUCCAUCUCCAAAACAAUCACCAGCAUCAUCAUCGGGCGUUUCUGGUUGCUCACCAGGUCGGUCACCUCCAGACACUCCACCACACACAAGAAAACUUCGAGAGCUCACACUCUUUGAUUCUCCUUCCACACCAAAAACUCUUUUACGCAAAAUGCGUUCCCGAAAACCAGCUUUACCUAAACCAUUACAAUUUUCUUAUUCUGAAAACUGUCCCACACCAGUUCCACCACCAAGUCCAACCAGUGCUUUCAAGUCGAGAAGUCGUCUUCGUAUGUUGCGAAUGGAUGCCGCACAUUCAACACCUUCAAUGCCAAGAACUUUUAGAAUAAGCGCAGAUGGAACAGACACAACAGAUGAAGAAUGUGAGAUAAUUCGGGGUUCAAAGAGCUUACCCAGGUUUAAUAAGUUCAAAGAACCCACUACUCCAUCUGUAAAUGUAAACCCAUUUACACCCGAUAACAGACCAAAAAAUUCAAAACGUUCAAGAACUGGAAAACAAAGGAAACAUUCUUUUUGUUUGGAUGACAUAGACGAGGAAGAUGAAAUGAGGCCUGCCAAGAGAAUUCAUUUACGUGAAAACAACAUCUCUCGUUACCAACAAGAAUUUCACGAAAUUGGAAAAAUUGGAGAUGGCGAGUUUGGUUCCGUUUUUAAAUGUGUCAAUCGUCUUGAUGGGUGUGUUUACGCAGUAAAAAGAUCAAAGAAACCUCUUGCUGGAUCUGUUGACGAAGCAAAUGCUAUUCGUGAAGUCUGCGCUCAUGCUGUCCUUGGAAAACACAGACACGUUGUUCGUUAUUAUUCAGCUUGGGCAGAAAAUGAUCAUAUGCUCAUUCAAAAUGAAUAUUGUAAUGGCGGAAGCCUGGCUGAUGUAGCAGCAAAGAAUCAACAAGAAGGCGAAAAAUUCUCUGAAGAAGAAGCAAAAAAUCUUUUGCUGCAAGUUUCUAAAGGACUUAAAUAUAUACAUUCACAAAAUUUGGUUCAUAUGGACAUUAAACCAGGAAAUAUCUUCAUUUGUAAUGAAAAGCAGAAUAUUUCACUGGACUCUCAUCAGAGUGAAUUAGAUAGCGAAGACGAAGAAGAAAAGGUGACAACAACCAAGGAAUGCCAUGUUUAUAAAAUCGGAGAUCUUGGUCAUGUUACUUCAAUUGAAGACCCACAAGUUGAAGAAGGCGAUUGUCGUUACCUGGCUAAUGAAGUUCUCCAGGAAGAAUAUUCACAUUUACAGAAAGCUGAUGUCUUUGCACUUGGUGUUGCAGUUCAUGAACUUGCUAGUGGAAGAACGCCUCCCAAAAAUGGCAGUUCAUGGCACAAAAUUCGUAACCAAGGCCUCGAGACACUCACUCACUGCUCAGAUGAGUUCAAUAAACUUUUGCAAAGCAUGGUUCACCCCAUCGUUGCUCAUAGACCAACCGCAGCAAGCCUCACACAACACCCUCUCCUAUGCCCUGGUUCUUCAAAAUCAAAAGACCAAUUGAGAAAAGAGCUUAACCAAGAAAAAUUCAAAAAUGAAAUACUCGCAAGAGAGUUGGAGGAAGCAAGACAAAGUCAGCAAGAAUCACAAUUUAACAAAACUCCAUUUGGAGGCCGAAGGGGAAUGUCAACUGGAUUACGCAAAAAUUUCAGCAGUAUGCGAGGCGGAAAAACUAAUAGACUUUUAGGUAAAAAGACUUGUCGCAGUAUGAGCAUGACUUCAAUUUAUUAAUUUGUUUCCUAUUUCAAUUAAUUAUGUUCUUUCAUUUCUGCCCUGCCUAAUGUUCUCAAAAUUAUGUAAAUAUCCAGUAUUGCCUUAUUUUUUUCUAAAACUUACGUCCUUUAUUUUUGUUUAGUUAAUGUUUUACAUGUUGCGCGGUGUGGUAGAUCUUUUUUUGUUUUGUUUAUUUUGUGCAGUUGUGACCACCGCCAGGCGACACUAUAUUGUUUUUUUGUUUCGUUUCUGUUUUCUUUUUUUUUAAAUACUAAGUUUCAUUAUUUACUAACAGAUAAAUGUGUUUUAUUUAUUUUAUACUAUCAUCAUGGUUAUGCUGCAUGUGCUUUUCCAUUUUAGUGCCUCUAGUAAAUGUUUUGCUGCCUAUUUGAACUUAAUUUGAUUUAUUUUCAUCUUCAUUCAUACGAUACAAUCCUGCCCAAUAAAAGUAAUAAAACCAAUCAUAAAAAAUUGAGGUGACUUUUUUCUUUUAUUUUUCCAAAUGUUCCUGAACUUUGUUGUAAUGAAGUUUUGCAUACGAGCUCUACUGUUUUUAGAGCUUCUGCGCUUCUCCUACUCUCUCAUUGUGAAUGCCCGAAUUUGAUGCUCCAAUCAAAAACUAGCCAACAAAAAUAGCUAUUGAAUGUGCCUAUGAUUAAUCAUUGACGAUUUUUAUAUCAUUGGCACUGAUAAAAAAAUUUUGAUUCUCCGAAAUGGUUGAACUAAAUCAUUGGAAAACGAUUUUUAUAAACUGAUUUUUUUCAAUUAUGCUUCCUUAUUGUUUCAAAUUAAGCAAAAUAACAUUUGCAACAUUGCUUAACACAGUGAAAAAAGCGAUUUUGUAUGAAAAUAAUGAUAAAUGUGAGUUUUGAGGUAACUUACUGUUUUAUCAGGUUAUCUAAAAAAAUUUUAGCAACAGUUUUAUUGAAAAUGAAGUUAUUUAAUAAUGCUUUUAUUAACUAUCAUUUUCGAUAUAUAGGAACAAUAUUCAUGCAAUAAAAUCAAGUGUUCGGCACUUUCUGAGA